UUUGACAAACACGAACGUAAAGGAGGCAGAAAGAAGCGUGUUACACAGGCUAAUAACGACUGGUUCAAGAUAUACGUAGCCUAUAUGUCAAAUAGCGUUUUGUUUGUUAUCAGUAUAUUUAUUUCCCAUUAAUUCAGUGCCAGAGAAAUAUUUAUUUCUAGCUUGCUAGCUCAGCGACGUUCAUAUCUGAGGGCGUCCGAUUUCCCCUCUUCAGAGGCAUUACGAUGCCCUCUGAUUUUAUAUCCCUACUCAGCGCGGAUCUCGACCUGAAUUCCCCCAAAUCCCUAUAUUCCAAAGAAUCAGUGUAUGACCUUCUCCCCAAAGAGCUGCAGCUGCCAUCCUCCACUCAGCAAAACCCAGCAGCAGCCAUGAGCCAGAAGAGCGGUGGAGAGGCGGUUCCUCCUCCCUCAGCUGCCCUUGACUCAGAUGCCACCAACGUCUCCUCUUCUAUGACCAUGGGAGGCCCUCGCAGUGCUUUUCCCACCUCUUCCAGCUCCACCAUGCACUCCACUACUUCAGCCACCGACCAGACCUCUGCUCACACCGGCAUCGCCGCUCCAGACGAAGGUGUAAGUAGCAGAGCGGUGGCGGAGAUGCUUGGCGCCGAGGGCGGGACUGGCAACAGUGGGAGUGCUGGUGGCGGCAGGGCUGGCGGCGAGAAAGGAGGAGGGGCAGGAUCCCUAGGUGGAGGAGGAAGAGGGGGGGCAUCCCAGGAGGCCCAGCAGCACCACCAGAUGACCCCCUCCAAGCGGCGGACGGUGCUGAACAUCUCGCCUCCGCCCGAGGACCUGUUUGACGACAGCCGCAUGUCUUGCCAGGAGGAUCAGCUCCAGGACUCUGAGCAGAGCAACAGCAUCUGGAUGGAUGACUCCGCCUCCAACUUCAGCAUUGUCAGCUCCAGCUCCUACAACGACAACACAGAGGUGCCCCGGAAGUCUCGCAAGCGCACCCCCCGCCAGCGACCCGGGCCCAAGCCUGCCUCGGCCGAGGAGGCCAGCAUGGACGUGUUUGAUGCAGACAGUGCCAAAGGGCCUCACUUUGUGCUCUCACAGCUGGGCUCAGACAGCAAGGCCUGUACCAAAGGAAGUUCGGCAGAUGGCCCCCAAACAACCCAUCAGAAAGGUGGGACCCUAGCGAGCCAGUUCCCUCAGAAGAGUGAGGGCAAGGAGCUGAAGAUCCUGGUCCAGCCUGAGACCCAGCACAGAGCCCGCUACCUGACUGAGGGCAGCAGGGGGUCAGUGAAGGACCGCACUCAGCAGGGCUUCCCCACCCUAAAGCUGGAGGGUGUGAAUGAGGCAGUGGUGCUGCAGGUGUUUGUGGGUAAUGACGCUGGGCGUGUAAAGCCACAUGGGUUCUACCAGGCCUGCAGGGUGACAGGGCGCAACACCACAGCCUGCAAGGAGGUGGACAUCGAGGGCACCACUGUCAUUGAAGUGUCCCUAGACCCCAGCAAUAAUAUGACCCUGGCGGUGGACUGCGUGGGGAUCCUAAAGCUGCGUAACGCUGAUGUGGAAGCUCGUAUCGGGGUGGCCGGCUCCAAAAAGAAGAGCACGCGUGCCAGGCUGGUGUUUCGGGUCAACAUCCCCAGGCCGGACGGCUCGGUGCUCACGUUACAGACACCGUCGUCCCCCAUCCUGUGCACCCAGCCUGCAGGGGUGCCUGAGAUUCUGAAGAAGUCCCUCCAUAGUUGCUCAGCGAGGGGGGAUGAGGAGGUCUUCAUCAUUGGGAAGAACUUCCUCAAGGACACCAAGGUCAUAUUCCAGGAAAAUGUGUCUGAUGAGAAGUCUUGGAAGGCAGAGGCUGAAAUUGACAUGGAGCUGUUUCACCAGAAUCACUUGAUUGUGAAGGUUCCUCCUUACCAGAACCCAGCCAUCGCGUCUGCAGUGUGUGUGGGGAUCUACGUGGUGACCAAUGCUGGCCGAUCCCACGACGUGCAGCCUUUUACAUACACUCCAGAACCAGUGGACAUAUCUGUGAAGAAAGAAGUUCCAUCUCCAGGCAAGCCCUGCUCUUUUGAUCAACGGUUGAAAGUAAUUGAUGGUGCCUUGAUGCCCAUAAUGUUGCCUCUUGUGAAGAGAGAAGAGGUCACUCCAAUGGAGGUCUCCAGCAACCUCCCUUCUGCUGGCAUUUUCAAGCGGACCCCCAAUGUCAUGUGUUCGGCCCAGCAGACGCUGGACAUGAGUUCCAACCUUCCCCCCAACAACAGCCCGUUCUCCAACUCCUUGCCGCAGCCUGCCAGUGACCCUGAUGAAUCCCAAACAGCAGUCUUCAACAGUGCAGAGGCCCUGAGCACCAUACAGAAGCAGGACAUCGCUCCCACCAACUCCUUCCCCGUGCCUGCAGACUCUCUACUCCAACCUGGGCCUCAGCAGUUUCUCCUGGAGCCCAGAGAGGGGCUGGGGCAGGACAGGGCCGGCAACAACGCUGGGGCGGUAGGGAGGCUCAGUCAACAAGUGGAGGCCCCUCAACCUGCCCCCCAGCAGCACCAGCUGCCCAUAUUCCCCCCAGAUGAGGUGGCCCAACUGGAACAAGCAGUGAGACAACUGCAGGCCAAAGGGUACUGCAGCCAGCAUCAACAGCGACAACAGCAACAGAUUCAGCAGCAACAAAUUCAGCAACAACAGCAGCAACAAAUUCAGCAACAACAGCAGCAACAAAUUCAGCAACAACAGCAGCAACAAAUUCAGCAACAACAGCAGCAACAAAUUCAGCAACAGCAACUACAGCAACAACAACAGAUUCAACAACAACAAAUUCAGCAACAACAGCAACAGCAAAUUCAACAGCAACAAAUUCAACAGCAACAAAUUCAACACCAGCAACAGCAAGUGUUGGACAACCUGCAGCAGCAGCUGUUUCAGUCACAGAUGCCCAUGCAGUGUGGCAUAUUCCAGGGCAGUUCUCGAGGUGAGAACACUGAACAGCAGGGUUCCCAGCAGGGCAUGGUGCAGAACCAUGGUUCCCUCUUUCAGCAGGCCCAACAACAGCAGCAGCAGCAACAACAACAGAAACAGCAGCAGCAAGCAGCACUCUUUCAGCAAGCCAAUGAGCUCCUCUCCAUUCAGACAAACUUCCUCCAUCAGACCCCUUCUCAUCCCUCUCCACCCCUCUUCCAUAACCCCAGCCCCCUGGCUGAGGCACAGGACCCACAGGGGGCGCUGUUCCACACUCAGAAGGCCUCUACCACCCAGGAGCAGGUCCAGGCAACCCUCUUCCAGAACACACUGACAGUGUUGAGUAGGACCAGCCUUUCCCCAGAGCAGCCCCCCUCUGCCGCCAACCUGUUCCUCCCCCAGAGUACCCUGCCCGGGCAGCUCUCCGCUAGCGGUAGCCAGCAGCAGCUGGCCUUCCUCAGUGCCCUGCAGACCUCUGCCACUGAGCCCCAGUCAGUGUUCCAGGCUCAGACCCAGCUUCCCCCCAUCCAGCAGGGGACCCCCAUGGAGCAGCAGCAGCCCUCCCAGCCUCAGCCCCAGCCUCAGCCACCUCAGCAGAACUCCAUGUUUCAGAACAUCUCCCCUCAUCCACCUGCAAACACUCUCUCUCAGACCCAGCAGCAGCAGGCCAGCCUACUGUUCUGCAGCAACCCCCUCUCCACUCCAGAGCAGCCCCCCAGUCUGCUGUUCAGUGGCCAGGGCCAGAUGCCCCCCAUGAGCAGCAGCAGCCUGAACUCUCAGGAGCCCCAAAACCCCUCCAUGCUGUUCUCUCAGGCCAGCAUGGUGACGGUUAGCCAGCAGGAAUCCUCUGAGCCCAUGGCCUUCCAGGACCAGAGCCAGGUGGUGGGGAACCCCUCAGUGCCUCGCCAGCAGGGCCUGUUCCAAGAGCAGCAGCCCAUGCAGCUGAUCACCAGCUCCAACAACGACCCAGAGCAGCCCGUCUCCCUCUUCAUGCCCCAAUCCAACAUGGCUGCCCUGCAGGGUUGCAUGGCUGCCCAGGAGCUCCCGCAGACAGGCAUCUUCAGCACCCAGAAUGGGGUGGCAGGCCUGCAGACCACCACCUCCUCCCCCGUGCAGCAGCCAGGGUCUCUGUUCCAGACAGCAGUCAGUGGGACCCUCAACCAGCCCAGCGAGACCCAGCAGCCAGGCCUCUUCCUCUUUGGGAUUCAGAACGAGUGUGGCCAGCUGAUAAACUCUCCUGGAACCACUCUGUCUGAUCAGAUCAUUGCCAUCAGUCAGUCUGGUCAGAACCAGAGAGAGAGCGAGGCCCAGAUCCAGUCGCUGCUCAACCAGUCCAUGUCUGAGUCAGGGAGCAUGCAGAACAGCAUGACGGCCUCCCAGAACAUGGAGAAGAUAGAUGACAUGCUUGUCAGCCUGCAGGAGCAGGGCAACAACCUCACUCGCUCUUACUAGGCCUGCUAUAGGUUUCAGGAGCCCCGAAGACCCCCAGUGUGGACCCCCAUUACAGACAGCAGAAGACCCAGUGUGGACCCCCAUUACAGAUGGCAGAAGAAUGGAAACAAAUUCAACAGUGGGCUCCUGUCCAAACUCCAAGUUACAUGUAAGCCUCAGCGGCCUUCUUCUCCAAGGACUGUCUUCAUGUGUAGAUGCUCCACAGUGGCGCCGAGCGGGGUACCAGUCCGCCACUGCAUCUAAACCUGGACCUCAAAAUAGGACAUAGGUUGUAGUCACCCCACAACUGCAGUGUGGUCAAUGUAUCUCACAGCUAGUCGCCUCCAGCUGUUAAUGAAACAUGACACUUUGAAAUGUUUGGCUAACUCACCAGUUCUCAGAACAGCACUUUGCGGUGUGGUUUUAUAAAGAUGGUGGUGGAAGCUAGCACAGCAUUCUGUAUUCUCCAGGACCAGAGUGUGGGCUCACAAUUGUUUAUAACGCAUUGUUGUCCUUUUUAUACGAUAUUAAAAGUCUUUUAAGAAAUAGCAAAAGAAAAUAUACAAUUCGUGAAAAAUAAACCUUUGUAAGAUAUUUUGACAUUAGUUCUUUCAGCACCUUACGAUGCUUUCCUUUUGUGACCAUUUACUCAUUAAGUUGGCCCAUGCAUUCACUAGUCAGCUAUUUAUCUCUUCUCCUGUUUACUGGAUGUACAGCUCGACUACUUUAUUACUCAUGCAUGUGUGUUGAGUUAUGGCUUUAGUUUUUAUUGCUCCUUUCAUGAAACAUCAGUUUAUUUUAUUGGCAGCCAUCUUCCCAUUCCUGAGAAUAACUCCAAGUAUUUGAGUAUUACACCAUGGAUUUCUUUCCCUGAUUAGACUCUGUAGUACGAGAGAUGCUCUAGAUUAGGGUCAAUGUGGAUCAAGAGAAAAAUAAUAAUCCAGCCUUUAAAUCAUUCAUUUCCAGUCUACAUAAUUAAAUAAUAGGCCUACAGUUUGAAUAAAUCAUAACCAUAUAUGCAUACCAUA